AUGACUGAAGCUACCAGCGCUGCUGCGCCAUUCCAGAGAGUCGCUUCGCAACCUGAGAACCCAUAUGCCCAGUUGAUUGAGGAUCAAUCGAUUGCAAUUGUCCCUUCUUUCAAACUCGAGUCUGGCGUCACCCUAUACAAUGUCCCAGUUGCAUAUACCACACGAGGAACUCUCGCUCCCAACGGAGACAACGUGCUGGUGAUCUGCCACGCUUUGAGUGGCAGCGCCGAUGUCGCUGACUGGUGGGGUCCUCUUCUCGGAGGUCCUGGUCAGGCAUUUGAUGUCUCUCGGUUCUUUGUAGUGUGCUUGAACAGUCUGGGUAGCCCGUACGGAAGUGCCAGCGCUGUGACCUACAAGGAUAAUAAGCCUGAAAAUGGCUACUAUGGACCUGAGUUCCCCCUGACAACUGUUCGUGAUGACGUCAAUAUCCACAAACUCGUCUUGGAUGACCUCGGUGUAAAGCAAAUCGCCGCAGUGGUUGGAGGUUCCAUGGGUGGCAUGCUCACCCUGGAAUACGCCUUCUUUGGCAAAGAUUACGUCCGAGCCAUUGUGCCCAUUGCAACUUCAGCACGCCAUUCCGCUUGGUGCAUCAGCUGGGGUGAGGCUCAGAGACAGAGCAUCUACAGUGACCCCAAGUAUGACGACGGUUAUUAUCCAUUUGAUGAUCCGCCAUCUACUGGUCUCGGUGCAGCUCGUAUGUCAGCACUUCUCACCUACCGUAGCCGCAAUUCUUUUGAAUCUCGGUUUGGCCGCAACGUGCCUGACCCGACCAAACGCCUUAAUAUCAACGGUGCUGAGAGGCAACCCACUCCCCCGAACGAGCACUGGGCCAUCCACAACGAUGGACACCGUGGUGGAUCGCGAUCCGAAAGCCGGCAAAGCUCGCCCGCUCCACAGUCCGAAGUCCAAUUCAUGGAUCCUCAGUUCUCUGGUACUAAAACCUUUGCGCCAGAGAUCGACACAAAGCCCAAGUUGACCGCAUCUGGUCGUCCUCGUCCACCAACCUACUUCUCCGCCCAGUCCUACCUCCGCUACCAGGGUGACAAGUUUGUUAAGAGAUUUGAUGCCAACUGCUACAUCGCCAUGACCCGCAAACUUGACACGCACGAUGUGUCCCGGCACCGGACUAACCCUGCCACUGCCGGGCAGGAUACCGUUCUUGAGGCUCUUGGGCGGGUGGAACAGCCUGCUCUAGUACUGGGUAUCGAAUCCGACGGUCUCUUCACCUUCGCCGAGCAGCAAGAGGUUGCUGAUGGUAUUCCCAAUUCUCGUUUGAAGCGCAUCGAUAGCCCAGAAGGCCACGAUGCAUUCUUGCUCCAGUUUGAGCAAGUCAACCGUCACAUUGUCGAGUUCUUCCACGAGGUCCUGCCAGACAUCAUGGCGAAAUCGAGUGCCGACGGCGCUGCUGCCGUGGCUAGUGUCACCAAGCUGACGAAGAGCAGCACCUUCGGUGAAGCCGAGGUGGAGGACAUCACCGCUUGGUAA